CGGACAAAUCCGCCGUCAACUGGCACUCAUUCGUCGGCAGCAUCCGACAGGUCCUCUCCGACGCAUGGGUUCCCCCCUACCGCGUCCUUGACAUCAUCCUCCGCCGUCCCCAUGCCCUCCCCCCCACCGAGCCUGAUCACCCCGGCAAGACUCCUCCUCUCCCUCCCUCUCCUGGCGAUCCCCCUCUUGAACCCGACCUCCAGCUCACCACCGACCAAGCCACCGCUGAUGCAGAUUUCAUCUUACGCCGCCGUGCAUACCUUAUCCGCAAAGCCGAGUACGAUGCAGCCGUUGACGCCUAUGACCAGGCGGUUGCUGGCCGCAAUGCUCACCUCGCCAUCGUCGCCAAAUACAAAGACGACAUGGCUGCCUUCACCCCGAAACUCAUCGCCUGGACAGCUGCUGACACCCGCGCCUGCACCGUUCUCCUUGGUGCUCUCCCUGACUCCCUCAUGCGCCGCUUCCAGGCUCGGGAACUCCGUGCCUCGGUCAUCUGGGCAGAACUCCAUGCCAUCCCCGCAAGCAGAGCAAGAACAACGGCAAAGGAGGAGGUGGGGGCAAGGGAGGUGGCGGUCACGGAAGCAGCAGUGCAAGCAGCCGUGGUGGCACCACAGGGGAUGAGCAUGGCACCACCAAUUCAGGCGGAGCCUCUGCGAGCCGCGGGAGUCCAGCAGCAUCUCCUGCAGCAGCAGCAGCAGCAGCAACAGCAGCAGCAGCAGCAGCAGCAGCAACUGCAACAGCUGUUUCAGCAGCAGCCACAGCAGCAGCAGCAGCCGCACCCGCAGCAGCACCCAUGGGGUACUGGACUCCUACCCCAGUGGGGACCCAGCCCUCCUCCUUGGCAGCAGCAGCAGCUGAAUUUUGGCACAGCUGCCAUAGCCGCUCAAGCCUCACCGGCCCCCCUUUGGGGGGCCGCAGCAGCAGCAGCAGCAGCCGCCGCCGCAGAGGCAGCAGUAGGGGCCGCAGCAGCAGCAGCAGCAGCAGCCGCCGCAGCAGGGGCCGCAGCAGCAGCAGCAGCAGCCGCCGCCGCAGAGGCACCAGCAGGGGCCGCAGCAGCAGCAGCAGCAGCAGCAGCAGCCGCCACAGCCGCGGCAGCCACAGCAGCAGCUGCAGCCGCCGCCGCAGAGGCAGCAGCAGGGGCCGCAGCAGCAGCAGCCGCCACAGCAGGGGCAGCCGCAGCAGCACUUGGGCAGCAGCAGCAGCAGCAGCAGCAGGGGCAGCAGCCGCAGCAGCAGCAGCAGCAGCAGCAGCAGCAUGGGCAGCAGCAGCAGCAGCAGCAGCAGGGGCAGCAGCCGCCGCAGCAGCAGCAGCAGCAGCAGCAGCAGCAGGGGCAGCAGCAGCAGCAGGGGCAGCAGCAUCGGGAGGAGCAGCAGCCGCAGCAGCAGCAGGGCGCCACACUCCCUCUCUCACCACGCUCUACCCUGGCCUCCUCGGCGCUCUAA